GCAGACGAUGACCCUCCAUGGGAGGCAAGCGGGACUCGGGCAGGCACAGACCAUGGCACGGGACGUGGCGCGGGCACAAGCCGCACCGACCACCACACGGUCGAGGAGGGUGUUCGGUGUUGACAACGCUGACUCGGAGCAGGGCAUUGAGGACGACGAGUCUUUAUUGUGUGCAUGUGAUUUGUCGGCACCUCAGGUCGAGGGAGGAUCUAAGCCUCUUAGACGGUCGAAGAGGCUGGUGAGCCGCGAUAGUACAGCCGCCCAGACAGAGACUGCUUGCUCGCAGCACCUAGAGGACUUACAGGCUGAUGCGCCGGAGGGUGAGGAGCCUGAGCAGCUCACUCCAAUUCGGAAGGAGGCAUCACAGCAUUCACAGGAUAUUCCUUCAGGUUUGCGGACGAGGGAUUUCAUGGUAGGUGGGGAGGAGCGUGACGCGUGCAUUGACGUCGAGGAGGAGAGUCGUUUGGCUCGGAUGCAGUGGGCAGGGAAAGUGGCUUAUCUGGCGGAGGUGGAGCGUAGGAGACGGCUAGAGACCAUCGGUGCAGGUGGCGAUGCAGACAACGUGGAGGCUGUACUCGGAGAGGAUGUUGCCUCGCAGCCUUUGGGUGGGGGAUAUGUUUCACCAGAUCCACUGACGCCGCUGCCAUACACGAUCACCGACCGCCCUGCUGCGAUGCACCAUGCCACUCCCUCGCCUUCCCCGACCCUGACCGGACAUGCUGUUGUUCCACCUGUAUCUGCAUCGCCUCCUGUACCAUUCGGGUCGCCUGUGUCCCAUGCUCCUCUUACCUCAGAGGCAGGAGGAUCAGGCAUGAUGGACUCAGAGCGGAUGUUGUGCGUGACGUUGUAGUCGGACUUAUGGCACCCGGAGGUGCGGAGGUGGAGCAGGUAUUCAGACAUGAGGACGAUGGUUGUGAUGCCGGAGGUUUGGAACGA